AUGGAACCCCACCUGGAUGGACCAACUGCACAGGAAGACUUGCUCAAGCAAUUGCCUGGCCCCAAACAGAAAACUUUCUCUGUCAAUACCACCAGGGAGCCAGACCAGUACUUUGAGGUGCAGUCUCCAUUGCAAAUCCUCACCCAAGGCAAAGAAUAUGCUGUGGACCCCAGAGGUGGAGUGGCCGUGUGGAACAGAUAUCCAGUUCCACUCCCGAUCAACCCCACAUCCACACACACUAAUGCACUAGACCACGCCUUACCAGCUAGUUUAUACAUCCAGCCAAAGAGGCCGUACCCCAUCCUGCAGGCCGCAUGUACCCCUCUGGGGAUCCUUCCCUUGGUGAACUGGAGUAACUCUCCGAAAAAACCUGUGCUGUCUGCUCAUAAUUCCAUGAUGUUUGGACACUCCAGAGCCAAAAGGAUCCCUCCUCUGGGGCGCAAAUUCACUCUCCCACAUUCACUAUCUGAGAAGGUAGAGGAAGCUGUGGAGCCGGUACCAUCCAGGCACCUCCCACUUUCUUGCCCAUAUGGGGUGGAGGAGAAGGUCCAAGAAGAUCCUAGAAAAAACAUGGAGGAUCUUGUAGAGACCAAAGGGCAGAAUGGUGGGAACAGGGUCCCCCAUAAUGUUGGGGACAUACCAUUAAAAUCUAGUUCCCUGGAGACCGGUGGGCUUCUCAGUUCCUCACAGUGCAGCCCCACACCUUUGGACCUCCAUCCUAAUCCUCCAGGAGACAGUUUGAGGGAGAACACCCAGAAGUCUCUGAUGAACUGCUGCCCUGAAGGCCACGUAGUCACCUCCUCACAUGGCCCAGCCGGAAAUGUCAUGCCUGACACAGAUGCUGCAGUGCUCCGCGACCCAACCCCAUGCUGCCCCUUACUGCAGGAGACAUCAACAAAGGAAGUGUUGGGUGAAAACCAUCAGCCUAUAGGGGACACAUCAUACCUAUCUAGGAAGGAGAUAUGCCACGGCGAGUUGCCCCCACUUCCUAAGUUUCCUUGCAUAGCUAUUGACAAAAACCUGGACACCUUGAAGAAUACCAAAUGUCAGAGGAAAAAGAUCUUGGAAGACAAAAGAGAGAUCAAAGAAGACUGCUCAGAUGCUCAGCCUGCCACUUCUUUAUCCCUACUUGCCUCAGAGACUGCUAACUCUCUGCUUUCGGAGAGUCACACUUUGCAAGUCCCUGUUCCUACUGAUGACUUGGCUGACCAAUCUGCCAAGUCCCCGAUUCCCUCUGUCCCUCCAUCUUUAACACCAAACAUUGGUCAGGAGACAGCACAGAUAGUUUCUAAAUCUUCUCCAGCUGUUCCUGCUGGUUUUGUUCCUCAUCUUAGUUCCAAUCUCAUUUGUGGAAUUCCUGUGAAGAAAGAAGGCCCUCUUCAGCCAGUCGCUACUGUAACAUAUCUUAUUUCUGACAUCACCACACUUCCUAACACCUCAACCCCCUCCUUACAGCCACCCUCCUGCAACACAGAAUCCCCAGUGCCUAUGUGUGUAGAUUCCCCCCCUCCUAUCCUACCCGCCCCUCUUCCAAAUCCUUCCACACAUAGCCCUGUUUCAAUUGUCCAGCCCAUCAGUUCUAAGACAUUUGCUUCUACCAUCGUAGCCAAUGUAUCUACAUCUACCUCCAAGCUUACUUCAGGUCCUGGUGUAUUCCACAUGGACACCACUCCCCUUUCAAAGGCUGUUAUUUUCAGAUCUCCCCAAGAAUCCAGAAUGGGAGCUCCUUCAUUUCCCCAGGGCCAUUGCAGUUUGAAGCAGAGGUGCCCUGCAAAAUCUCCAGUUUUCACCAGCCCACCUGGAGAUCAGAAGACAGCCCUUCUCACUAGUGUUGCUGUUUCCACUAGCUUGUCCCUUACGGAUUCUGAGUCACCUCCACUCCAGUAGGCAAGCCCUCUGCAAACUGCAACUCGGCCUGUAACUGUGAAGCCAUGGACACUACAUCACCAUCUCAGGCUUCCAUCUUCUGUUCGUCCCCUGAGUCCAGGGACAACCAUUUCCCACUUAACACAGUGCUUUAUGGUUCUGAUAACACACCACCCAUGGCAGCACUCUGGUGGCCCAUGACUCUAUCCAUUUACCUAAAAAGUCAUCCAUUGGACAGACCUCAAUUUGCAACCACUCUGACCCAGGAAUCACCUCUCAGCCCACAAUUGGGCAUCAUAAUGGACAGCAGCCUGACAAUUCUCACCUGUUAGGAACACCAGUAGCCUCAACACAAGCUAUGGGCCCAACUGCUCUUGUAGCCUAGCCCCCCAGAGACAACACAGUGAAGGCAGGUUUGGCAGGUUCUGCAUCUAUUACUACACUCAGGAUCCAGCUGGCCUCGAGUGACAAGCCAGGCAUUCUGCCCAUUGGCGUAUCUACCACAACAGGCUUUGGAGUUGCCACGGGGAUGCCCAGCACCGGGGAUGGUGUCUCACUGUUAGCUGACAGUACUUCAGGCCAACAUGUGUUUUUGGGACCUGCAGCCCCUAUGGGCAGUGGUGUGUACAUCCCAGGCCCCACUCAUUCACAGGCAUCUGGAGCAUUCAACCUUGGGGCAGGACUGAACGGG